AUGGGUAAAACGCAUUCGAAAGAAACCUUCACCCAAUGGGAUUUAGACCGAUUCAGCAACGUCACUGGAAUUCCAAGAGCUACAGUUGAAAAACUUUACCAAGAAUUCGUUGCCACAACUGGUAAAGACAACCGCAUGGACAAGAAGGAGUUCCGUCGUUUAUACAAAGAAUUGUAUACAAGUGGACGAACUGGCACAAGUGUUCCAGCUGUCAUCAGCGAACAUGAUUUGGAAAAAAUCUCCGAUCGUGUGUUUAAAGCUUUCGAUGCUGACAACUCAGGCAAAUUGACCUUCGAAGAAUUCGUCAAUGCUUACUUAUUAAUCAACCAAGUUGAUUCAACACAAACAGCAACAGUCACACCACGUGAUCGAUUAACCUAUGUUUUGGAUCAUAACAAUCCAACACCAGGUUACGUUACACGUGAACAAGGUGAACAAGUCUUCAACCGUCUUAACCGAUUCUACAACUAUGAAGACACAACCAAAACAACCACAACCACAACAACUCCAACAGGUGCAACCAAACCAAUCACCACAACAUGGGAACAACACUGGACCAAACUCGAUGAUGGAAGCGGCCGUGUUCCACAAGAAAAAUUUGUUGAAUACGUCACAACAUCCGAAGAUUACAAACCACAUCUCACUCGUGCCGUCCUCUAA